AUGUAUAAGCUUCAAGUGGUGCUUGUUCCACCGAGCAUUGAGACGGAGCUACCGGUAGUUGGACUACCUGCAGGAUCGCUCGAUAACAGCGGGUUCGCACAGGGCCACGCUCAACCAAUAUCCACUUCUAGCAUAGCAGGGGGCAGGGGCGAAUUUUCAUCCGGGAUAGGCAACACGUCGGCCAACGCGGUUUAUCUAUCGGGACUAGUUGGUGCACAUAUUCGGCGUGCACGCGGACGUAAAUUCUUGCACUUCACAAAGCCGACAAAUAGUCUAUACGAACUAGCAGAUGAGAUCGUGGAGAAAUGUGCCAAGAUGUAUCCAGGGUUGGCAGAAGAGCCGGAGAUUGUGACGCUACAAGAUGUGAACGAGUGUGAUCUGGACCCAGACUUCGUGGUGAAGGAUGUGUUUAACAUGGACAACACGGUACGCGUGCUGCUACGGAAUGACUUAGAUGAAGCCGCGGGGGACCGUACUAUAUACAUGAAGAAACGCAAACUGAACACGGGUGCGGCGGGCGUACCCGCAGCAGGGGGCUCUGUACAAGCGGCCGUCCUUAACGUUGCGAAGAAGCGUGCAAGCAUUAAGACAUCGGCAUUGCGUGUCUCAACACCAUUAGCUAAUCAAAUCUACCCACCUCCCACGAAGAAGCAGGUGAAUUCGGACUUUGAGGACGAUGAUGUGGCAGAUAAAUCCAUCCUCCCGCCGCCACCGCCGCAGUCACCUCCAAUCCGCAUUAGUUCCGGUAUGGAUCAGAAACGUAUAAACAUGAACGACAACGCUGUAUCGAAAUCGGAAACCGUGGACCCAAACAAAUCGAGGCAGCAGCGGUUACCUUCGGGAACUCCUAUGAGGCCGGUUAGCAUGGUAGAAACGCCGAACAGGGUUAGCUUGACAGGUCCCACUGUUCUGUCUGAAUCGACGGUUUCACAGAAAAGUACAGCUACGCCUAUAAUUACGAAUAUUCGAAUAACCUCAGGCAUGCUGCGGAUCCCCGAGCCUAGGCUUUCGGAAGUGGAGAAGGAACUCAAGGAAGGCCCUGCAAGCCCUGCUGUUGACCUUCCCGCGAGACCGUCUAGAAUCCCGAUGAAGAAACCUUAUAACCCAAGUAUGCAACAAGACGAGGAUCUGAGUUCUUCUUCCUCUUCCACAGAGGAUAAUGUUCCCGCUGUGCCAUACGAGAACGAGCUAGAGCGUAGUGGGCCGACUAUGGCUACGCGCCAAUCUUCUUCCACCAUUGCAGAUGACCAGGGUUCUCCUACGAAAAAGUCCCGAUUUGAAAAGAACAAUAUUGGACUGGUGGAACUGCCUUCUCCUAGGAAGAGCUCUCUGGAAAAGAAAGUAAGUAAGCUGAACAAGGGUUUGGCUUCAGACAAGGGUCAUGAGGAUUCUACAGGCGGCAUUACUAGAAAGGAUCACUUUAGCGACGAAGAAUCAGAGGCUUCUCAGAAUGGCAGUGUGGUAGUGAAUCGGCCAGAAACCCAACGGGAAAAGAGCUUCCAAAAAUCAGAGCUACUGAAGAUUUUUAAUAGCAAGCGCUUUGAUUUACCACCUAGGUUUAAGAACUCUGCAAGCGAAGAUGAACCGACCUCAAGUAAUCAAUCCCGUAAGAAGAAACCCUAUGUUACUGUGCUGAACAAAGACAUAGAUAACUCGUCACCCGAUCCUAGGAAUAUAAUUCCUCGGCGUACUCAGAGACACGCCGCUCAAAAGGCUGCUCAGUCUAUUUCUUCAGGCACGUCGAGGUCUAAUGUGUUCUCUGGGGAAGAAAAAAAUAAAUAUAGCGAAGAAAACCAGGGUGAUAAUAUUGCAUCAGAUGAUAAUGAAGGUGUAUAUGUCCACGAAUCGAACGCAUUAAAGAAGCUGAAUGUACAUCCGUUGAAAGAAUCGGUUGUGCAGGAUACUCUGACGGGGGCUCAAGAUAUCAACAACCCUGUAUCAAGCAGGACAGUACAUCCUUCUAUUUCUGAGCAUGCCGUUACCGCAGCUGCUUCAGGUACUUUGUCGAGUAACCCUGAAUACAGGGUGGCCCCAAUUGUUACUCCUACUUUGAUGUCGUCUGCAGUGCCAGGGAAGCCAGAAGCCAUUCUAUCGAAACAGGGGGAUCCCCCCGCCUCAACAGCAUUAAAGCCCCAACUCGCUCCCGCCAGGAAAGUUGAAUCCACACAGAAAAAGCAAGCAGGGAAGAAAUCCGAUACAAAUCAGCCAUCUAGAACAAAUUCAAAGAAGACAGGCUUGCCCGCUGACACAGCGGUUCCCUCGUCCCAAAAAACGGUUCGCGCUAGGGCAGCUCAAAUAGAUGCGCAAAUUAAGCAGACUGCGACGAGUUCCCAGUCGCCAGUGGCUGAGUCCCAAUCUUCGGUUUUGAACUCAGAAGAAGCAGUAGCUGAUAAAUCAGAAGUUGACAAUAAUAGCUCUACACAAGACAAAUCAUUGCAGCAAAAGACGUCUAAACGGAAAACACCUGUGAAGAGGACGGCUAAUGCUGACAAGAAAGCGGUGACACUUAAGAGAUCUAGUAAUUCAAAGGGGAAGGAAAAAGACACCGAAAAGGGCAAGGAAAGGAUAAAGGAGAAGGAGAAGGAGAAGGAGAAGGAGAAGGAGAAGGAAAAGGAAAAAGUUUACCAAACUCCAGAAUUUGUUGAAAGCUCGGAUGAUGAGCGGGCGGAUGCUAAAACUCCUCUAGAAAAGCAUUCAUCUGACCGCCCAAAGAGUGGGUCUCCGUCGAAACAUGAAAAUGGUCAAGAGAAACAAGAUUCAUUCUCUGGUAUAAUUCUAAAGAAAACAGCGAUUGAAAAGGAUAAAGUUGUUGCGAACGCACCACAUAAAGUCAACGAAAAGCCUAUGACUGCUGAUGCAGGGUCUACUAAUCUAUCUCCUUCCGGCAAGGUUUCAAAGCUCGAUGAACUAAGGUCGAAGUUUACAAAGGGCAGAUUUCCGCAAGGGAGUUCCCAGAAACAAAUUCAGCAACAGAAAAACACGCCUAAGACUUCGUCAAAGUCAAUCGUACCUACAGUUAGUGAUAAAUUUAAACCUAUGGAUUCAACAUCCGGAGCCUCAUCUGAUGAUAGUGCUGACGAUGAUGACGAUGAUUCUAUGGAUUCCUCGACAGAAGACGAAGGGAUAAGCAUGAAGAAACCACGGAGAGGUAUAGUGCAGCCCCCCAAAGGCUCAGUAAGUGCCCCAGUGAAGCAUGUGCCUCAAUCUUUAUCUUCUGAAUUGGAAGGGGUGCCACAAUCCACCCAAAUUCCGAAUGAAGCGACAAAUACGGCCCCGCUAACUAAGUUAUUGGACCAUAUAUCUCCUCCAUCGACAGCAAAAACGAUUACUUCACGAGGAGUAACAGAAUCUAAAGGUACAAGCAAUCGCUCUUUGAGCUCUCUUUCGGAUUUGGCAUCCCGCGGAGUGCCGGACGUAAGGGAAAAGGGAGUGAAUUAUAAGAAAACUGCACCAAAUGUUGUUAAUAACUCUAGUUCUGACGAAAGCGAACAAGAGACAAAUGAUGGUAGCGAUUCUAGUGACUCUGAUAAUAGUGACAGCGACUCCAGCGAUUCAUCAGAUGAUGGUAACAACUUUAUUAGCGCAAAAUCCGCCUCGAAAGCCCUUCGUAAAAAUAAGGCAAGUAGUGGAUUUGCCUCCUUGAUCAGAGAUUCUCAGAAGAAAUGA